AUGCAUAUGCAUAUAGCUCCAAUGUGCAGUGACAAGCAAACGUGCAGUGAACCACCUUUCCAUCCUUCCCACAGACUGUUUCAGCUCAUCAUGUAUGGCCCUCUUUAUCAUAUACCCCACAAGCGUUACGGGAAACCGGCUCAACAGUCCUCAUCUUGGCUGCAACACACAACGAAAAUGGUGCAACGAGAAACACACACACACAUCCUCGCUCGAUCAUAUGUUGCGGUAGACAUGUCACCAGUUACUUCAGUGUUACAUCCAUCGUCCCCAGUUCAUCCACUUUCAUCAUCACCGUCGCACCCAUUUCUGUGUGGACUUCACACGCCCUUAUACAGAGAGAGAACAAACAAAUUUAUAAAAACCUAA